AUGUCAACUUCAUCCUCGAGAGAAGUUAUCGUUACUAGCUCCCCUGACGGCCCCAUAAUCGCCUACAACGCCUCCACCGGUGCUGCUAUCGCUCAUUUCCCUGGAAGUCGGUCACCGUGUCGCGGCCUUGCCAUGGCUAGCCCAGAGCUCAUCGCAGUCUCUCACGUUUCCCCAAACACAGGUACAGGCUCAAUCCACCUCUACAACUGGUACACCUCAAGCGUGUUUAUCAAGCUCGAUGUCCCUGAACCGGUUGCCCCACUAUAUGCCACCUCAGACGGAGCCUUUCUCUUCGCUGGUGGCGUAUCAGGGGCAAUUCACUCAUUGUCACUCCCUUCAGGGGAUCUGGUUAAGUCCUUCGUCGCCCACUCAAAAUCUGUUUCAAGUCUCACAUUAAGUGACGAUGAGUCACUCUUGGUAUCAGGCGGUGAUGAUGGGACCAUUGUUGUGAUCCCAAAAUUUAAGCUUCUCACGAAGGGAGAUAAAAUAGAAGAUCAGAGAAACUCGAUCUUGUACCGAUUGCAGGCUCAUUCAGAUUCAGUAACUUGGUUGAAAUUUGUCAUAGGGUGUAACUCUACAUUGGUUUCUUCAUCACUAGAUCACACAGUCAAGUUUUGGAGCCUGGCUCUUAAGAUUCAAACCUGCGAUGUGGAAUUCCCUUGUUCUAUUUUGGGGGUUGUUAUGGACUCAACAGAGUCAGUGUUCUAUGCAGGCGGCCAUGAUGGGUUGGUUUACAAGGGGUUGAUGAAGGUUGAGACUAAAAAUACAUUGAUAAAAUCUUAUGAUUUGGUCCCUUUGUCUAAGACCAAGAGACAUAGUGGUUUAAUUGUAUCUCUGAUUUUGGUGAACCAUGGGAGGAUUUUGGUUUCUGCUGCAGAUGAUGGGAGUGUCUGGGCAUGGAAUGUGGAGAGAGGAGACUUCAUUACGGCUCUGGGAAAUAACAUGGGAAAGAUAAGUCAUAUGAUCUUGACCAUAGGAACUCCUGAGUAUCGAUUUAGAAAAAAAAAUAAUGUUGUUGGUAGUGAAAGGAGUAGCUUCACUUCUUCUAGGCUCUGUGAGGAAGAGAUGAUUAAGACUAUGAAGCAAAUCACAGAGGAUGGAGAUUUCAUGGAUAUGAUUAAGAAGGACAAGAAGAAAGCCAUUGAAAUGAUGGAAUCUACCAUUACAACAUACAAGAAGUUCUUGAGACUUAUUCGUACGGAAGCUCGGGCCCUUGAAGCAAUAGAAGAGGAAGCAGAGAUAAAGAAGGAAGAUAUGAAGGAAAAUAAGUAA